AUUUAGCGACAUGCUCGUGAAAUUUUGGAAUAAUUUAUCAGAAAUUCGUUAAAAAAUUAAUUUUAUUACAUAUUUUUCAUUUCAUUUAUUGUGAGAACUUAACAAUUUAGUGCGAAAUUACUGAUUAUAUAUAAAUGUUAAAACUUUAAUUUCAAAAAAAGCGUUAGAAAUUGAUUGAAUUUAAUAAAUGCGAACUUUAUUACAUUAAAAAUAAAUAGAAAAAGUUGAAAACAAAGUCGUUGGGUGAAUAAUCGGCAAAGUUAUUGUACCGCGAAAACAUCAAGAUACGUAACACAGACAACUUUGAAAUAAUGACGGCUUCAGCAGACGCACCACCAUCAUCAUCAUUCUCAACGACCAACGUUUUGUUGCUAGGGAGCGUGUUUGCCCUUUCAUAUUAUUUCAUCUUCAAACGUAAAAAACUUCCCCCUCCAAUAAUAGUAGGUGACGAUACAGAGUACAAACAUCCGCCUUGUCUUCCCACAGUCCCAUUCCUUGGCUCCCUACCCUUCCUACCUGCGUUUCCGUGGCAUUACAAAUAUUUCACAAAAAAUAUGACCAAGUAUGGAGACGUCCUGGCCUAUUAUGUUUUGGACAAGUACCACGUGGUCCUGAACAGCAAGGAAGCAGUUUUUGAAGCUUUCGUUAAAAGAUCAACUGAUUUUGCUGACAGGCCAAAAGCGAAAAUAAACGAGGUGCUAAAUCCGCAAAAUAAAGGCAUAGUAUUCCACAAGUACGACGAAGCUUACAAAAGGUACCACAAACUGAGUCUCGGCAUCAUGAAGCAAUUUGGUUUUGGCAACAGAGUGAUGGAGAAGAGGAUCAUGGAGGAGAUGAAGUACUUUAUGGAAAGCUUGGCCAGUUACAAGGGUUGCGAAUUUCAUCCAACUCCCGAUACAACAAAGUGCACCAUGAACAUUCUCUGUGGAAUUCUGUUUGGGAAACGUUUCGACGAUGACGACCCUGACCUUGCAGACAUCAUCAGCAACAUCAGAACGACGUUCGAUAACUUUGGGAAGGUUGUUGUAGGCAGCAUUUUACCGUUUCUAAAGUUGGUUCUUCUGUUUAUUAUUUGUUUCAAGCAACUAAUUGCAUCUUAUCUCAAUGGCUAUCAUGUACCAGCGUAUAUGAUGCGGUGCUUGCGCACGUCCAAAGGCCAACCGCCAACGAGUUUCAUUCGCAGUUACGUAGAACUCGAAGGCCCGAACUACGACAAAACCCAAUUCAUCCACUUCAUGCACGAACUCUUUCUCGUGGGCACCGAAACCAGCGCAAGCACGGUGGAGUGGUGCAUGGUGCUGCUAGCUAAUCAUCCCGAUGUUCAAGAGAAAAUGUACAAGGAGCUUGAAAGGGUUCUUCGAAAUUCGGUUAACUAUAAAUCAAUCCUGCCAUCUCUGGAGGAUAAGAAAAAUUUGAUCUAUUGUGACGCCGUGUUCAACGAGAUAAUACGAUACAAAUCAGUUGGUCCCAUGACUCUGCCUCACCAAUGCAUGCGUGACAGCCAUGUAAUGGGCUUCUUCAUACCGGCUGGAACCACGGUGUUUGGAAACUUGCACGGUGCCCAUUACGAUCCUCGCGUGUGGGAUAAACCGGAUGUAUUCCACCCGGAAAGAUUCCUUCAUAAUGGAUCAAUCGUCAAUAAAGAACAUUUGGUGCCAUUUUCAUUAGGAAAAAGAUCAUGCUUCGGAGAGAUUCUAGCCCGCCAGGAAGUUUUUCUUUCUCUAACCAAUCUGGUCUGGAGGUUCAAAAUCUUGCCGCCGAUUGGUCAACGAGAGGUCAAGGUUGAUGACGUCAUGGACAUUACUGCCAAGCCGUCGUCGUUCAAUAUUAGACUUGUUGAAAGGAAGUAAAAGUUAAAACGAAAGUUGAAGUUGGAAUUUAUAUAUCGGAGAGAAAUUCCACUUGAGUUAACUUACUUUAAUUAAUGUUGAGAUGAGGUUAAAACUAUAUAUAGUUAUAAGAUUAACACUGACUCGUUGGACGAUUUGAAUACAAAUCCCAAUGACUUUACCAACAACUCUUUAAAUAAAGCAAUGACAUUUAUAACAUAAUAUUAAAAAACAACUUGUUUUAUUAAUCAAUAUUAUUGUGUGAAACGUUUUUAAAAAUGCACUUCAUAUAUCUUCAUUCAAUAAUUUGUGAUUUUCCUUCUUUUUAAUUCUCCAUAUCACAUUGUAAGGAUAUUCACCAUGAAUUGCAAUGUUUCUAAUGCACGGCUUUUGCUAAAAUAAACCUUUCAAAAUAAAAUUAUAAAAUAUUCUCUUA